AUGGAAGAAGAGGAGUCUAGAGGGCAAAAUGUUUCAUACAAUGAUACAAGUGAUGCUGAUGACAGUUUUGAUGACAUGUUUACGGAGAAUUUGGAAGACAGCCAAUGGCUUCAGAAAGUCAAAUUGGUAAUGACCAGCAAACACACAGAGAGACUGGAGGCCAAAGUGAGAAACAUUAAAUUAUAUGGCUCCUCCUUUCAUUGCCUGAAACCUAAAAGCUGGAUAACUGAUGAGGUUAUUGAUGCAUAUUUGAGCUGUGUAGUUGAGAAAGCAGAUGGAAAGGUAGAAGCCAUCUCAGCAGUAGUUUCCACUGUCAUUCUCUCAGGAAGAGCUACUCAAAUGAAAGUGAAGAUAGCCUUGAUGGAAAAAAAGGAAUUGUUAAUAAUUGACCCCUUGUGUGAUGAGAUCAGAUAUGAAAGGACAUGCCUGAGGAAUUGGAGAAACUUCAUAAAACGAUUAACUAGUAAAUCCUCAUCUGAUUGGAACAGUAAAAUUGUUCCGCAUCCAAGACAAAGUGAUGGCCACAACUGCGGACCACUCAUCUUAAAGUUUGCAGAAACGUAUUUGCAGCACAAAGACUUCAGUGCGGUAGAAACAACCCAAGGGGCUACUACUGCAUUUAGAAGACAUAUAGCAAUUCUUCUAAUGAAGGAGUCAGAAAGCGUGGAGGACUACUGUAUAUACUGCAACUGUAUCAACUGUGAAAAAGAAAAUGAGGAUUGCACGAUGGUCCAGUGUGAUUCUUGCAAGAGGUGGGCACAUAUACCCUGCAUUGCAGAAGGAACCAAUCAAGAAAACCUGAAAGAUGAGAAGAAAGAGUACAACUGCAAGAAAUGUGCAUAGUUCACUUCAUUACCCCCCAAAAAACCCCAAUAGAGAAACCCCUAGUUUAAAUGCCUCUUGUUCAAAACAUAAAACUAUA